AUGCCUCCUAAAUUUGAUCCCAAUGAAGUGAAGACCGUAAUCAUGAGAGCCGUCGGUGGUGAAGUUGCCGGUGGUUCUACUCUUGCUCCUAAGAUUGGUCCCUUGGGUUUGUCUCCUAAGAAGGUUGGUGAAGAUAUCGCCAAGGCUACUAAGGACUGGAAGGGUCUUCGUGUUACCGUCAAGUUGACCAUCCAAAACCGUCAAGCCGCCGUCUCCGUCGUUCCUUCCGCCUCCGCUUUGGUUAUCAAGGCUUUGAAGGAGCCCGCUCGUGACAGAAAGAAGGACAAGGGUGUUGUCCACUCUGGUAACGUUUCUAUUGACGAGAUUGUUGAAGUUGCACGUACUAUGCGCUUCAAGUCUCUUGCCAAGGAACUUUCUGGUACUGUUAAGGAGGUCCUCGGUACUGCUUUCUCCGUCGGUUGCACCGUUGAAGGUAAGAACCCUCAUGAUGUUCAAAAGGAGAUUGACAGUGGUGACAUUGAGAUCCCUCAAGAGUAA